AUGAAUGAUAACACGUUGACGGGGACUUUGCUUAAUUUUUCGUGAUUUCAUUUUAUCAUAUCUUUGCCCCUUUAAAAAGUGCGCACAUCAUUUUGUCCUCUAGUUGCAUUCAGAGGUUCUCAUUACUUAAUAAGAAAAUAAAUAUAGUAUUCUUUGACCUGGAGCUUAAAACAGUUGAUCCGAAAAAGGUAAAAAUGUCUGACGAGAAAAAAGAUACUGAGCAAGCUGUAGAUGCUGAACUAGACGAUCUGUUAGACAGUGCUCUGGAGGAUUUAAAUAAAGGAAUUCCAAAGCCUGUUCCUAAAAGCAAUGAGGUCUCACCUGCAUCAGCCUCUGACCCUGCGAAAGAUGUUGUUGAAUCAGCCACUGUUGUCGAAGAACAAUGGUCACAAGAUUUUAUUAAACAAGCUGCUGAUCAAUUUGAAAAAAAUCUACAAGAACUUAUACAAAAUGGAGGAGAUAGUGAAAUGGGAGCUUGUUUUCAGAAAAUGGCACAGACAGUGGCUAGUGCAGUGACAGGUGGUGAGGGAAUUGACACUGAAAAUUCAAAUGCAGAUUUUCAGAGUGCAAUAGCUCAAGCAUUAAAAGAUUUGUCUGCAACAUCUGAAAAUCUUCAGAAUGCUGGACCAGCUUUAACAGAAGCUGAUCUAGCUGCAAUGUUUGAACAAACAUCAUUGGACGAAGGAGCUGGUAAUAUUCUUCCAUUUAUGCAAGUGGUAAUGCAAACGUUAUUAUCGAAAGAAUCUCUUUAUCCAUCGUUAAAAGAGUUGGUGGACAAAUAUCCAGCAUGGUUAGAAAAGAAAAAAGCAAUUCUUCCACCUGCAGAUUUUGAAAGAUACACGAAACAAUUGGAUUACAUGCGAAAGACUUGCGAGGAAUUGGAAAAAGAAAAGGAAGAUGAUUCAGAAGAAGUAAAGAAAAAGCGAUUCGAAAAAACCUUGUCGCUCAUGCAAGAAAUGCAAAGUUGCGGUCAGCCACCUGCCGAUCUUGUUGGGGAACAAUCUAUAAUCCAAUUCGAUGGCGAAGGCAAUCCUAUAAUGCCGUCCUUACCAUCUGGUAUAGAUUCUCCUCAAAACUGUUGCGUUAUGUAAAAACUCGUGGAAUUGAAUCAGUAAGGCAUUUUGACCAAACGCAUAUGUUGUUAUACAUUAUACGUAUUGGCAUUUUAAUCAUCAUAAUCAUACGUAACUCAUGAAUGGAGAAUUUCGUUUACAAAAUUAUUUCAUAUUUUUUAUGAAUUGUCAUGGUGCAGAAAAAUGGGGAAAUUGAUGCUUUGUGAAAGUUCCAUCAUGUACAUUAUACACCAUCUCUGCCAAAUUAUGUUUGACUAAUCACUCUGAAGCUAUGCAAUACUUUUUAUCACUCCAUCAAGAAUCAUACACCGAUCUUUCCUCAAAUCUAAAAUAAUUUUCGUUAGCAACGAUAGAAUUCUAGUAAGAAAUUAUUGUCAUCUACAUAUGUUAUCACUGUAACAUAGUAAAUCGUUGGCCAGAAUGCCUCUGGUUUAUUUAAUUUCAGCAUUAACAGUAUGUAAUAUACUGUUUUUGUACAUAAGCAAUAGCAUUAUUUCUUACGAAUGUUCUUUAGUGGAGGAUAGUAUAGGUAGAAACAAAUAGUUAAUAAACUAACGUCAUAUUUUAUAAACGCAAUGAAUGUCGUAUCCGUUAGUAAAGUAUUGUUAUCUUGUUUUAACACUUAAUAUAUUAUUUAAUUUAAUAAAUAAUAAAUGGUUUCUAAAGGUA